GAGGGAGUUCGAAGCUGAGCGGGAAGUUGGGUCUGUGGAGAUCGGGGCGGCUGAGGGGGCGGGAGGGACGGCGGGUGGAGCGGCCCGGACCUGUCCCGGUCCUGUCCCGGUUCUGUCCCGAUCCUGACCCGAUUUUAAUCCCGAUCCCGUCCCGUUCCUGUCCCAUCCCUGCGGUGAGGGCUCGAGGUGCUCAAUCAGCUCCACCCCGGCUCCCCACGUACCUCCAGGCCUUGAACAUCCCCCCUCCGCCGCCAUGUCGAUCCGCCCCAUGGCCUACGAGACUCAGUUCUUCGGGUUCACCCCCCAGACGUGCAUGCUGCGCAUCUACCUGGCGUUCCAGGAUUACCUGUUCGAGAUGAUGGUGGUGGUGGAGAGCGUCAUCCUGAAGAAGCUCGAGGCGCUGCCCGAUGUCCGGAUCAGCCGCUCCGAGAUCCGUCAGAGCACGGAGAAGUUCCUGCACUUCAUGAAGGCUCGUUUCGAUCAGCUCUUUGAGAAGAUGGAGGAGGUGCUGCUGCAUCUGGUGCUCAGCAUCCCCGACAACGUGCUGCUCCCCGAGGACAGGGUGCACCAGCAGUACCCCUACAGCCAGGAGGAGUUCCAAGCCCUGCAGGAUGAGAUCAACCAGCUGCAGCAGCAAUGCAGGGCUGAGGUGGCCGCUGGGCAGGCGCUGCGUGCGGAGCUGGAGGAGCAGAAGGUCGUGCAGGCCGAGCUGGAGAAGGUUGUGCAGUGGUUUGAUGGGCUGGAGAGCGUCUGCAGGGAGCACGGCACCGGGAACUUCAAAGAGAGCUUUGUGUUCCUGACACAGAACUGUAAGAAACUGCAGGACGUGCUGAGAGAUGUUGAAGAGAAGAGCAAAAAGAUCAAGAAACACGAACAGUUACUGUAAUAGGAACCUCCAGAAGGCAGCAGCGAAAAUUGAGGUGGCUCGUUUUGAAUGAUGGGGGUUUAUCUUUCCAGAAGCAUCUCCUGUGGUUCCUUCCUCACUUGGUCCUGCCAGCAUCCACACCCAGUGCUGCUGGAGGGGGCUGUGUGGAGCUGUGUCAGCUGGCACCAACAAGCACGGACAGGAAAAGCCUGAGAAGCACAGCAACGAUUGGGAAUGAACUCUUGGCUGGAUAACCUGACACCUUCGUGGGCCUUAAUGUUAACUCUGAACAACUUUAGAACAAACAGAGCAUCUCUCAGGUUAUCUGAGCAUGGAGGUGGCUGGUGUUUCAGCAGGUUUGUGCUGUGCUGCUCAUCCAGCUGACACAGGAGGAAAUGAGCAACUCGGUCACUUUCUCCUGCUUCACUCUGUGUUGAUUUAUUUUUAUGGUCCGGUGUCUUUAUUUCUUAUUGAACAGUGAAGCUCAUUUGAUUAGUGCUUAUCGGGUUUUGCUGUCUGAAUGCUGUGGGGCUGAUUGGUGUGCUGCAGUCAUUGCAAGUCACUUAAUGAAGCUGCUUCUCUCUGUACUUCAUUCAAAUCAGUCUGUGUGCAAAGCAGGUUAUAACUCUCCUGUAUAGGCUGAUUUUCUUUUAGUAGUAAUUAAUUGGUAUUUGAGCUAGAUGCUUGAAAAAAACGUUAACCAUUGCUGCAAUAAAAGGUGCAUUAAAAGCAGAAA